AUGGACCUUCGCACGGAUCGAGGCGUGCUAGAUAGCUCGGACGUGGCUGUGUGUCGCAGCGAAGAGCCUCAGAAAACGUCGUUUAUGAUUGAGGACAUUCUAGCUGAACGGCAGUGCUCCAUAGACAAUCCUGGUGAUUCGAUAACGAUUCAUACAGGAUCUGAUACACCUCUAGGCUCGGGUAUAACUGUGGGAGUACCUGGUCUACACUAUGUUGACUUUCGAGCUGGCAUGUUUUACCCAGAAUGGCUACGAGUACCCAAGAACGGCCCAGGCACCCCCGGAUCGCCACCGCUGCUAAGUUCUGCAGGAAUCGGUGUCACUUACUGUGGUGAAAGCGUUUCUGCGGGUGGGGCUCUUCUACAUCCAUCGGGUCGUGACCUUCGUUCGCCGUCGCUGCGCUGUCGUGGCCGUAAGGCGCGAACAGUCUUUACGGACCGGCAGCUCGAAGGACUCGAGGCAAAAUUCGCUUCGCAACGAUAUCUAUCAACGCCUGAGAGGUUGGAACUUGCGGCGGCUCUUGACUUGUCAGAAACCCAGGUGAAAACGUGGUUUCAAAACCGACGAAUGAAGCAUAAGAAACUUUUGCGGAAGGUUCAGACCACAACGAAUCACUAA